GCUUUUAAAACCAUUGGCCAAAGAGGAUCUAGAUAGGACAAGAAAAUAACAACCAGCCAAUUAGAAAAUGUAGGCGUUUCAGAAGAAUUAGUACUGCACUGGGGAUCAGUUUGUAGAAGAUCAUCUGCCCUUUUCCAGCUAAAGGAAUGAGAGCUCCUCUCACUGGGCAAAAGCCUUUCCAGGCUGGUCCCUGAAAGCAGCAUGCGUAGAGAUGCCUGCUGGUUGCCAUGGUGAAUGAUGCUGAUCUGAAGAAAUGAAUAAUGUGAGCGUUAGGGUGACAGUGGGAUUACUCAGUGUUGACACAGAGAGCCCAGAGCGGAGGAGGGAGAAGGCACCAUUCUCGCAGCUUUGGUCUGCUCCACCUCGGAGGGCACAACUCUAACCAGACGCGCUGCGAGCAUCAGAAUCGGGAUGAACAUCGAGGUUGGGAACAUUUCUCAUACAGGAGCCAUCAUCUCCUGGUCGCCCUCGGAGCCCUGCCUGGAGGACUAUUACCAUAUCAUGUAUAGGCCCACCUGGAACAGCAUCUUCUCUGGCUAUCUUCGCUACAGCUUCCACCACGAGGAGAAGGUGCCUCGAACGAUCAGCUCCGUUGUGCUGGAACAUCUCGCCCCUUCCACUUUCUACUUCCUGUGCAUCAGCUGUAAGAAGGCUGCCUUCCCUCACAGGCACUACUGCACCAUGUUCCACACCCUGGAUAAGAGUCCACUGGCUGCUGGAAGCUCGCUGGUGGACCCCCAAAUCUCCCUUUGGGUGUUGAUGGCCAUUCUACUGGCCUGCUUCACAGCCGUCUUGGCCUUCAUCUGUCUCCAGUUCUGGUGUGUCCGCUACCAUGAGCCACGAUGGUCUUACAGAGCUGGCCAGAUGGAGGAGGCCAAUGGGUUGGUGAGAUGGCCAGAGGAGGUCCAAGCUCUGGGUCAGAGGGAGGAAGACCUGCAGGGGCUCCCCCUGGUGGAAGUGCCACGCAAGAACUCCAGAGAUGGAGCUGAACUGGACCCGGAAGUCAACGAGGAUGCCUCUGAUGUGGGUGCCUUACAGAGGGAGGGUGGUGACCAACUCGCCACACUGCCUCAUUGUAGGGAAUAAGAGCGGGGAGGAGAGGGCCCACAUCAUGUAGCCUAAAGCUCUCCACACAGUAGGUCUUUUGUACAAACGUGUCUAUAGACUACCCAUUUCUCUCCCAUGUGGGUCACCUGGGUUGGAUGAGUGCCCCAUGACAAAGCUUCUCAAGCUGAAAAAUGUAUCCCCCAGGGUGUGCCAAGGUACAAACAAGGCAUCUCUGCAGCAGUGUCCACUCGGGGGACAUAGUUAAGAACGGAAAGCAUUAUUUUAACAUUAAAACAAAUAUGGAUAUGUUAUAAAGUAGAAAGCAGAAAUCUGCAUGACUGACACGCAACGGUACUUGGAGGAAAUGCUUGAGUUGCAGGUAGGCUCUCUGAGAUACACUUUUGGGCAAAGGCAGAUGUCCAGUUUCCUCUGCCCUUGAGGGGAUUAUUUGGAAAAAUGUGAGAAGCUUAUUUUAGGCCAUCAUACACCACCUGUUUCUAUUUUUUUAAACCAUGAAUUAUCUUUACUAUUAAUACUUUCCUUUAAAUUGACUCAUUUUAAAGUGUAAACUUAUUUUCAAAGACAGCCUUAUCUUAUUCCAUAAGUGAAAAGCCAGCACCCUCCAGCUACAAACAGAAGGGAACAGACAUAAGAAUAAACAUCAUGAAAGUAAGAUAAUAUUCAAUCUGACUUAGCUUCGACUGCCUGCCAGUGACUCUGAGCUUCAUGCCUACUUGCCUGUCUUUGAUAAAAAGAGAUCCAGUGUUGGAGCGGUAAUAAAGACACAUUAGUACCAAUAUUUGUCUUUCUUCUUGAUAUAGCAUAAGGUUUGAAAAGAGAAUCAAAAAGGGAAGUACUACUUUUACUUUGUGAAUCCGUGUUAGUUUUAACAGACAUGGCGUUAUGCCAUGUCUGUGAACCACCUCAAAUGCUGUCAAUCAGCUUCCCUCGAUUUGAGAAAACUGCCUUGACCAGGCUAGUUGUUCUGGAGAAGAUGCCUGUACUUUCCCAGCAUCAUCCUAAGACCUUCCAAGUACCCUCUUAUGUCUACGGAGGACAAAAUUCCAGAAUCACAGGAUGACACCGCCAUGAAUCAACUGAGAAACAGCAGGAGCUGGGAGGCCAAGACAAGAAGCCCCACAUCCCUAUUUCCUUGCCCCCUCAACGAAGUAAAUCCUCACCUGACCGCUCAGCCUUCCCGACUCAGCAUCCAGUCUCCAGGGUCUGCUUUUGCCCUUAUUCCUGCUACUUGUGAACAAAUAAAGAUUCAUAUACUCGCA